AUGUCCCACAUUUCAUGUACUGCACCCGCCCUUCUUCAACUCCCAUCCGACGUUAUUAUCCAUCAUAUCAUUCCUUAUCUAGUCUCUACUCGAGAACCCUAUCCCCAUUAUAUUUUCAAUUUAAUGAGAGUUCAUUCUCAAACUUUGAAUCGAAUGAUUAGAAAUGACCUUACUGAAAUUACUUUGAGUGGUGGCCAUGAUCUCUAUGGACAUGGAUGUCAAGCCAUCAAAUAUCAAACCUUCAGCAAAUUUAACGUGAAACCUGAAUUGAGAUAUACUCAACAAUUACAUUUUUCAAACCCGAAAAAACCAAUGACUAGAAAAUUAGCUCAAGUACUGGAAUGCUUUCCAAAUUUAACUAGAAUUACAUUCCAUGGAUUGUAUUUUAAAGAGAAUUCAGAUGAGAAACAAUCCAAUGGUUCAUCCUCUCAAGUUCUUCUUUCUCAAAAUAUUCUCAAAUUAACAAAAUUACGUACUAUUGAAUUUAUUGAAUGUAAAGGAUCCUUUGAGAAUAUUUUUAAAGGAGUUUCUCAUCAAUUGAAAACAUUAAUAUUUGAAAAUUGUAUUGGAAGUUUAUUCAAGUUAAAAAUGUCAGAAAUGACUCAAGACAAAAUGAUGGGUGAUGAUCAAGACAAAAUGAAACAAACCAAUUCAGUAUUCAAGAAUAUUACAACAUUUAAAUAUAUUACAAAAUAUAUGGAUGGUCAACACAAAAAGUACAAGUCUAAGCUCAUCACAAAAUUACCACAACUAUUUCCAAAUUUAACUUCAUUAACAUUGAUAGAUACUUGUAUAAAAGGAUUUGCACCUGCCACACCUUGUUAUUAUGCUUUGACUAAGUUGGACAAGUUGAAAGAAUUGAAUAUUGAUUCCCGUACCAUACAAGUAAAAAGAUCAUCACGAUUGUACAAGAAUUGA